AUGGGAUUGCUGAAUUCUAAAAAUCCCAAAGGCAAACAAGCCCAUAUUCUUCUUCUGGGACUCGACUCGGCUGGGAAAUCUACUCUGCUUUACAGGUUAAAGCUUGCUGAGACUCUCACGACCAUCCCAACCAUCGGCUUCAACGUGGAGAUGGUCCAGCUGGAUACUGAUCUUCCGCUCACCGUGUGGGAUGUUGGAGGGCAGGAGAAGAUGCGAACCGUCUGGGACUGCUACUGUGAGAACGCAGACGGGCUGGUGUACGUGGUGGACUGUUCCGACGGCAAGCAGAGACUCAAGGACUCCUGCAAAGAGUUCAAGCACAUUUUGCAGAAUGAACACAUCAAAAACGCACCGGUCGUCAUAUUAGCCAACAAACAAGACUUGCCCGGAGCUCUGAGUGCCGAGGAGAUCACCAGGAUAUUCAAGGUGAAGAAGCUGUGUAGCGACCGGUGCUGGUACGUGCAACCCUGCUCAGCUGUCACUGGAGAAGGGCUGGAUGCCGGGUUCAGGAAAUUGUCUGAGUUUGUGAAAAGCCACCUGAAGGCCAGAGAAGCCUGA